UCGCUGUACACGGACCGCAAGUUCGAGGGCGGCCGCGGCCGCUGGCAGGAGGCGAUUGAGCAGUCUGCGACGCUGUACAUCGGCAACCUCUCCUUCUACACGACGGAGGAGCAGCUGUACGAGUUCUUUGGGAAGACGGGCGAGGUGCGGCGGGUGGUGAUGGGGCUGGAUCGCUUCUCGAAGACGCCGUGCGGCUUCUGCUUUGUCGAGUACUACCGCCGCCAGGACACGGAGGACGCCGUCCGCUUCCUCAACGGCAUGAAGCUCGACGAGCGGGUGGUCCGCGUCGACUGGGACGGCGGCUUCGUGGAGGGGAGGCAGUACGGCCGCGGCAGGUCGGGCGGGCAGGUGCGCGACGAGUACCGCGCCGAUUUUGACGCGGGCCGCGGAGGCUGGGGCAAGGCGGACGCGCAGGAG